AUGGCUGUCACCACCAAGAAGACCACCCCGCGAAACCGGGCCAUCGGACCCCACGUCAACCGACUCAGCAAGUCGCAGUUGUACUCGAAGAAGGCCCUCUACAAACGCCCUCACAAGCCGAUCCCGAGUACCAAAGCCCCCGAGGUCGACUACACCGCCACCAAGACUGUCAAGGUUGGUGGUGCCAAGAAUGGCGGCGAGCGUCUCGUCCCCGUGCACAAGGCACCCCGAUUUUACCCCACGGAAGUCGAAUCUAAGCCGAAGAAGCCUCGCAAAGCCCACCGUGCCCCAGGUCUACGCUCCACAUUGACUCCUGGUACCGUUGUCAUCAUCCUCGCCGGUCGCUUCCGUGGCAAGCGUGCCGUAUUCCUGAAACAACUCGAAAGUGGUCUCCUCAUGGUUUCUGGCCCAUUCAAGGUCAACGGCGUCCCGCUACGACGUGUCAACCAGGCUUACGUUAUCGCCACUCAAACCAAGGUCGACAUUUCAAGCUUGAAGCUUGAUGAAAAGUUUAAUGACGCAUACUUCGCCAAGGAGAAGAAGACACGAGACCAAAGAGCCAAAGCCAAGGAAUUCUUUGCUGAGAACGGUGAGCGGGAAAAGAAGAAAUGUCCCGAUAGCCGAAUUGCCGACCAAAAAACCGUCGACAAAUCACUCAUUACUGCCAUCGCGCAAACCCCCGUUCUUGCCAAGUACUUGGCCACUCCUUUUAGCUUGUCUAACGGCGAUUUCCCUCACCGCAUGAAAUUUUAA